CAGAAUUUGCAAGAACAUAGACAUGAUAAAAUUUUAGUAGGAACGAGAAUGAAGCAAAAUAGAAAGUAAACAAAGAAUGGUCAGAAGUUCACUUAGAGAAAUUAAAUUAAACCCGCACAAUUUACUUAGUAGUAUAAGCAGUCUCUAAUAAAAAUUCUAUAGUUCCAUGGAAGGGUUUGAUGCUAUUUAUUAUGAAGAGGAGGAGGAAAUUGUAGAUGAAAUCGAACCAGCUGAUGUUUCUCUAGUACCAGAUCCUGUAAUAAUACGAGGUGCUGGUAAUAUGACUGUGUUUGGCUUGAGCAAUCGUUUCAGUACUGAUUUUCCCUCUGGGCUAGUUUCUAGAGUAGCUCCUGAAGAAUUCAAAGAAACAGUUAUGAGAAUAAACACAAUAUUAAAAAAGACGUUACCUGUUAACGUAAAAUGGCUUUUCUGUGGUUGUAUAUGUUGUUGCUGUACCCUGGGCUGUUCCUUAUGGCCUGUUAUAUGUCUCAGUAAAAGAACACAGCAUUCCUUAAAUAAACUGUUGGAGUGGGAAAAUAGUUAUCUUUAUAAUAAAUUAGGAUUACAUUGGCGCUUAUCGAAACAGCAAUGCGAUUCUUCAUCGAUGAUGGAAUAUGUUAUACUCAUAGAAUUUCUGCCAAAAAUUCCAAUCUACAGACCUGAUUAGCCGAUAGGAUUAUAUGAUAUUUUGUAUAUAUUUAGGAAUAGAACAAUUGUUUACUUAUACAAGAAUCUCAUUAUUCAAAUCUUACUUGUGAAUAUUCAAUCUUUGUGAUAAUAGGAAAUAAAAAAACUGUUAAUCAUGCUUACUAA